CUCUUGCCUUUUUUUCUUCAAAAUGAAACGAGUGCACUGUUCACCCUAGACAAGAGUUUCUUGCCUAAGAAGGUUACUCUUACAUACCUUUUUUUUUGUCAAAAUGUAACGAGUGUACUAUUUACCCUAGGCAAGAGUUUCUUGUCCACAUUUAAGGGCACUUCUGUUCACUGUUCACCAACCUUUCGUCUAUUCUACUUGCCCACUAAGCCCCUACUAUUUCGUUGCUCACCGCCCCUCGAUGCUUAUUCGUUGCUCACCAUCCCACGAUGGACAAGCCCAUUCUUAUCUUCGUCCUCCUUCAACUCUCAUAGUAUGCAGGAAGGGUCUAGUCAUGAUCGUGGUUUAUAUGCUCGAUGCUUUGAGGAGCUGUUUGAUUUAUCCAAUUCAGAUGCAACUUCCACAUCUAAAUUUAGAUUCUCAGUUUCAGUCUAUGAGCUUUAUAAUGAACAGAUAAGAGAUUUGCUUUUGGAAUCUGGUAGGGGUCAUCCAAAAAUUGUCCUUAGUUUACCAGAUUGUUUUGUGGAACUUGUACAAGAAAAGGUGGAGAACCCUCUGAAAUUUUCCAGAAUCCUCAAAGUAGGAUUUCAGAAUCGAGGAAGCCAUACAUCAAAGUUUAACGCUACUCAUCUGUAUGAUCAAUCUUUGUUUUCGAAGAUAUAUUAUUGCAUUUUAUUGUUCUUUUUAUUUAGUGGGGCUAUAUUGGGAUUGUGUAUCAUUGUGAGAGACCUUCUAGCUUGAAUAUACUACUACACCCUAUGUGUUUUUAGAUAGGAGGCUUCAUGUUUAAUCUCCAACUUGCUGAGAGGUGCAGAGUAAUAAACUUCUACUUUCAUUGAUAUGACUUUUUUGCUGACAAUUGCACGUAGAGUGCUUA